AAUGAUUUCUCUGAUGAGGCUUGUCAGCGGAGGCAUAGGUCGCUGGGCCUUCUUGUGAGCCUCAAGAUGAUGAUCCUGUUAAGCAUAGGGCGAGGCUUCAAGACGUCGCCUGCUCUUUGAAAUUGCGAGCUUCGUCAGGCUCAAACCCAAGUAUCUGAGAGUAGCAUGCCAUGCUUGCCGAUAAUGCGGACCGCCCUUGUUCCCAUAUUUGCCGUUCACAUGUUCAUUAUUCAUGCGUUCACCGUUGACCAAUAUUCGCUGUCACGAACGAGCAGGUGCUGGCUCACCGAGUGCGCAUUGCGCUUGAGUUCAGCACGACUGCUUUGGAGGGCAUUUGCUCCCUGGAAUCCGCAAGCAUGUGAACACAAGGCGCCGGAAAUUGCAGAUCAAUCAGUGUAUCAGAUGUUAGCAUGUGUAUGUCCCAGAUGCAUACCGAAGGACACCCAGUCCAAGACGAGAACCUUAUUUUCGGCUCGAAAAAAGAACUAAUUAAGCAUAUAAAAAUUAUGAAAAGCGGGGUUAAGGAGCCCGGAAAAAUGUACUAGAAUCCUAUUGCGGUGAAUAGCCGGCGACAUAGGUCCAGGGCCGUCUCCGGAUAAAACCCCCACCUCAACUCCCAUACAAGCACAAAUGGAACAUACUAUCA